GUGGGCGGCUCGGGCCCGCGGGGCCACAUCCUCGCUGCCGGCCGGGCGCGGCGUGCGGGCCGCCGAGCUUAGCCCCGGGCCCGGCCCCCCUGCCAUGGCGCGGGAGAGGCCGCCCGGGAGGGGCUGCGGCGUCCUGCGCCGGUGUGUGGUCGGCGCCGCGCUGCUGCUCGGCCUGCGACUGUGCGCGGAGCUGCGCCGCGCCGGGCCCCGGCCCCCGGCCCGUAGCGCCCCGCCGGGCCCGGCUCCCGGGCCGCCCGGGCCGCACCUGCCGCCCGCGCCCGGCCCGCCCCGAGGCGCCAGCAGGAGGCAGGUGACCUACGUGCGCAGCGGGCGCCGAGCGCCUCCGGAGGGCGGCGGCAGCGGGACGCCGGAGCCGGGCUGCUGCGCCCCGCGCGGGCGUCCCCGCCGGAAGCGUCCCCGGUGGCAUAUAGAUCUCCAGCCGUGGGCAGGACCUGCUCAGUCCCUGGACGAGGAAGCCUUGAGGUUUCUGAGAUACAUCAGCACCACUCAGAUUGCAUGCAAUCACAUGAGCACAGACAGCCUAGCUACUGACUCCAGCCCUGCAAAGAAGCCUUGGUCAGUCUGUCUUGAUGACAGGUUUGGCUUAGCUCAUCAAAUCCGCAGCAAGCGAUGCCGCCUCUACUCUUUAGGGCUGGGGAAUGAUGAUACCCAAUUUGAGGUUAGCAUGGCCAACAAUGGAUGUGAAGUACAUCGUUUUGAUCCUAGUGUUAAAUCAGCUCAUGUUCUGGAGAGUCCGCGCCUUUGGUAUCACCGCUUGUCCAUUGACUGGCGGGACCCCCAUCCAGCUGUUGCUGCCCCCAAACUGCACAGCAACACCAGGAAACUGGGAACCAUUUUGAAUGAAUUUGGGCAUCACAAGAUUGAUGUUCUCAAAGCAGAUCUGGAAAGCGCAGAAUGGAAAGUUUUAGAAAAUCUUAUUCUGGAAGAUGUCCUUGAACAAAUUGGACAGCUCACCUUUGAGGUUCAUCUCCACUGGCCCGGGUUUGAGGUCAGUGGCCGGGACAGCAGUGUCGUGAGGUUCUGGUACAGCCUCCUCAAAGAGUUAGAACUAAAGGGUUUCAGGCUUUUUCAUAGUUACAAAGAUUUAUCUAAACCUCAGCUGUUCCUGAAGAAAGAUAUUUUCAAUGCAAGUAGCUGUUAUACUCUGAGUUGGGUGAAUACAAGAUGGAAAUAGGAUGAAAGACCUCAUCAAGAACUCAAGGAAAUAAUUACAGCAUGAGGCGUGUCCAGCAGUCUAAUUAUCGGUGUACUUGCCCAGUCUCCGCUAGCCUGUUACCUGCUUGAGGCGGGAGUUGUGUUAUUGCCUCUGUAGUGCAUGUAGCUUGGCACCUGCCACGUGCUAGGGGCACAGUUAACACUCGGGGAAGGGAUGGACACAGAGGGCCAUAGGAGUCAACCUCCAUCUGCCCAGAUGCUAGGCCUUUCACCUGUUUGCCUCUGACAGAGUGGGGACGCUUGUCCUCCUUCGUUUUAACAUGGAAGAUAAUCCCCCACAUAUCUGUUUUCCCUAAAAUUCGUUUUGUGUCUGAAGUCCAUGAAUUCAGCAACAUGAAGAAGAAAUUACAUAAAUUUUCCAUUCUUACUGCGUUCCUGAGAUUAAGUUUGUAGCUUACUGUUCAAAACAGAGCCUUUCCUUUGACUUUCACUCAAAGGUUUUUUUCUGUUCACCUUGGUCAAUAACAUUGUUUACAACCUUGUAGAUUUCAAUCAUUCCUACUUGCCUUUUGCCCAGGGCUCUGCUGUGGGGUUAUAAGAGCCACUGAUGCUGGUUUCUGGGAACUCAGGCACACCAAAUUCUGUCUUUGAGUUUCAAAGACUAGAACAGCAAGAGCUUCAACUCAGGAUUCCUUCAGACUCAGCCUUAAAUCCCCUUCUGUUCCUAUGAAACUAAGCACAAAGCAGAAUUUGCGUGUCUUUACUGUUGCCUUUUCUGACUUCAGACCUGAUUUCUCAACCACCGACUUGCCUACGCUGUCAAAUCUUUUUUUUUUUUUUUUUAAUACAUUAUCUGAAAGAUUAAGGGAGUUUUUCGUAACUGCCAGUUGGCAUUCAUUACAAGACUGUGGCCUGAGAGCCAAAAUCUGUAUCUUUCCUGGGAUGGUUAUGCAGUAUUUCAGUAGUGCCAAUCUUUUUUACAUUUUUAAAUAUUAAACAGAAAAGUGUAAGUUCUCGGUAGUUCAAAUGAUCUCUGUCAUUUUUAUUUAUAGGAUUAGACAUUUAUCCCUACGAAUGAUUUUCAAAAAUUCUACUUCAAAUAAGUUAAAUGGUAUAAAAUAAAGCAAAUUAUUACCUUAUUAUAAAUUAA